GCAGGUGGCGGUGUUGCAUUUUCAAACAACACCUGACGCGUCCUCUCUAUUUCCCGACAUGCUUUGCGGAUGCGCAGCCCUUCACAUUAAAGGACACCGAGCGGUGAGAUUAUAACGGAAUUUAUCUGUGAAAGAUAUCCAGCAGCUGAAGAUGUCUGACGACAUUGAGGAGAAGAUCAAGAACUACAGGACGGCUCCUUUCGACGCCCGCUUCCCCAACACCAACCAGACCCGCAACUGUUACCAGAACUAUCUGGAUUACCACAGAUGUAACAAAGCUCUGACUGCCAGAGACCAGGACACCGCUCCCUGCGAGUGGUACCGGCGGGUCUACAAGAGCCUCUGCCCCAUCAGCUGGGUUCAGAAAUGGGACGAUCAGCUGGAGGCGGGAACUUUUGCUGGAAAGAUCUGACCGAACACAUCCGUCUCCGUCCUCCUGCACCUUUCUCCAUCAGAGUAUCUUAAUGUGAAGCAUCUGCUCUUCAUGUACAGAAGCAACUAAAUAAAUAAUAUAAUGUGACUGUGAA